AUGCCUCCAGGUGAGCGAAAAGCCAGCGUUUCCUCGGCAAUCGGAAAGCCUGAACUGAGAAAGCCCAGUCUUGCACAAGAGCUCGGUCGAUUGUUCUUGAGGAGACAAAAAGACCAAGGAUCAACGGACAGUGGUAGUAGUGGAGGUAGCACUCCUGUCACUCGACAACCGCCAAUCAAUCUUGUCACUGCCAAGAAGAAACAUGUCUAUUGG